CAAAACAAUAGCCCUGAGGCAGAUUGUGGGUCUGCCCUCGCUGUCGCAUGUCGGCGCAAACGUGCACUUGAAACCAAACUUGUGGUGCCUGACAGCCGCAAACAGGUCAUGGCGAUCAUUGGCUCCCCACCCUCGUUUCAUGGUCAUCAGCUCGCGCCGUUCCAUCUCCGUCAUGACAUGACCGACUUUACAGCUUUGCAGUUGGCUUGACAGAUUUCGUCCUUCGGCACUUGUCCAUUCUAUUUCUAGUUCAUGGGAUCUUCAAGGCCGGAUCUGUCUUUCCCCUCUUUCCGGUCCCUACUAUAGUGUAUAGUACUUCAGCCCAGUGUACAGCCUUCCACGCUGUCAACUUCUUCGUUCGCUUCCACCCUCUUGUGUACUCCACAUACAUCCAUAAUGGGAGCAGAUACAUCACCGGUUCCUCCGGCACUCCGAAAGAGGGUGUUGAAGGUCUUGUUCAUUUCUUUGCUACUCGACUUGAUUUCGUUCACUUUCAUUCUCCCUCUCUUUCCCAAGCUCAUCGAGUUCUACCGCAACCAUGAAACCGGCAAUCCGAAUACGAUCCUCUCGAAAAUCCUUGCGGGACUCAACGCGUACAAGAACUCGUUCGCGAAGCCCAUCAUCUCUCGUUACGACAUCGUCUUGCUCGGCGGAGCUCUCGGAUCGCUCUUCUCGCUGUGUCAGGCCGUUGCCUCGCCGGUGAUUGGUACACUUUCAGAUAAAUAUGGCAGGCGAACAGCAUUGCUGUGGUCCAUGGCAGGCAACGUGCUCAGCGUCGCGCUCUGGGUCGCAGCGACCGAUUUCCGCACAUUUUUGGCGAGUCGCAUUGUCGGAGGAUUGAGCGAAGGCAACGUACAGCUUGCCAUGGCGAUUGCGACUGACAUCAGCGAUGAGAGCCAGCGAGGAGCAACUAUGGCACUCGUGGGUGUGUGCUUCAGUGUCGCCUUCACGUUUGGUCCUGCGCUGGGCGCGUAUCUAUCCACUCUGAACAUCAUGGACAAGAAUCCUUUUGCCAUGGCUGCUGGCUUCUCGCUAUUUUUGAUUGUAACCGAGUCUAUCUACCUCUACUUUUGCCUUCCAGAGACGCUCCCGUCGGCAGCUCCUCCAGCGAACGGCAACGCGAACGGCAAGGCCAAUGGUCACGCAAAGGCCGAGCCCCCCAAACCGCGCGUCCGAACAAACUCCCACACCCUCCUCAAUGCUACGCAUUUCACCUUCAUCCUCUUCUUCAGCGGCAUGGAAUUUAGCCUGCCCUUCAUGACGUACGAUCUCUUCUCCUACGAAGCAAAGGAUACCGGCCGCCUCCUCGGCUUCAUUGGGCUUGUAGCGUCCCUGCUCCAAGGUUCGGUCGUCAGGCGCAUGCAUCCGCUGAAGGUUGUAAAGAUGGGUGUGGUCGCAGCCACACUUGCAUUCGUACUUUUGGGUCGCGUACAGACACAAGGCGCGUUAUACGGAGCUGCUGCUCUCCUUGCCGUUACAAGCGCAACCGUUGUGACAGGCCUAAACAGCCUGAGUAGCUUUGAGGCGAGCGCUGACGAGAGGGGCAACAAGCUUGGAAACCACAGGAGUUUCGGUCAGGUUGGUCGCGCUCUUGGACCUCUCAUCUUCUGCACGCUGUACUGGUGGGCAGGCCGGGAGACUGCAUAUGCAACCGGCGCUGCGGGCAUGGUUGCUGUAUGCGCAAUCGUCUUCGGCGGGCUGAAGGUACCGCCCGGCACAGAGAGUGUUGGAAAGAAGCCUAAGAAGGCAAUAUCCGUCACACCAUCUGCGUCCUGCAUUAUCUCGGGCUUGUUACUUUGUUCGUUCUCCCCUCCUUCCCUUCGACAUCAAUUGACCGUCGCUGCGACUGCUGCCUCGGUGGCUGCCAUUUCGAGCCUGGCCGCGUACAUCAAUGCGAAGUAUCACAUUGGACAGGACUUGCGACAGCUCAAGUUCAAGAGCAACGCUGCGAAACAUUAUGCUGAGCUAGUGAGAACGAAACGCCAGUGCCUCUGGUACUCGUUUGCCCCCCACGUCCCAAGAUACUCCAACAAUCUCUGCAUUUGGUCCCGUGAAAAGACAUACACAUGGCAAGAAGUGCACGACAAAGCUGUGCAAUGGGCACACUUCUUCCUUGAGCAGGGUGUUAAGCCUGGAGACAUGGUAGCCACAUACCUCACAAACUCAGCCGACUUCCUCGUCAUCUGGUUAGGCCUAUGGUGCAUCGGCUGUGCGCCAGCUAUGUUAAACUACAACUUGAGAGGGGACGCGAUGAUACAUUGUCUCAGGAUUGCGGAUGUAAAGCUGGUGCUGGUAGACUCCGAUCCUGAAUGUGCAGAGCGCUUCGAAGAGGUCAGAGAAAAAGUUGAGGGCGAGCUCGGCGUUACGCCCUUUACUGUCAACGCCUCACUCUUCGAGAAGGUUUACUCUGGACGGACAGAUGUACCAGGCGACGAGUACCGCGAAAAGGUAUCCGGCUUCGACCCGACCUGUCUGCUCUACACUUCCGGAACGACUGGUCUCCCAAAGGCUGGCAAAUUCAUGAUCAACCGCUACCAUGACCGUGGCAACCCGGACAAGCUUCCUUUCGACCAGACCGCUGGCCCCAAUGGAGAUCGCUGGUAUUGCUGUAUGCCACUAUUCCACGGCACCGGCGGGCUUGCCACUAUGGCAGCCCUGACGGGCGGCAUGAGCGUCGCAGUUGGCAAGAAAUUCAGCACAAGCGGCUUCUGGGAUGAUAUUCACGACUCGAAUUCCUCCAUGUUUGUCUACGUCGGCGAAGCAGCACGGUAUCUGCUAAUGGCGCCUCCCCACCCACGCGAACGCGACCACAGACUACGUGGCAUGUACGGUAACGGCAUGCGUCCAGAUGUGUGGACACGGUUCAAGGAACGCUUCAAUGUUCCUGAAGUAAUCGAGUUCUUCAAUUCCACCGAGGGCGUGUUAGCCAUGGUUGUACACUCCAAAGGCCCGUUCACGGACACCACGGUCGGACACCACGGCGCUCUCAUUCGGCGGGCACUGAAUGACGUGUACGUUCCUGUAUCAAUAGACCCUGAGACGGGCGAUCUGAUGCGCGAUCCGAAGACUGGGUUUGUGAAACGCAACUCGUACAACGAGGGAGGGGAGAUUCUAGUCGGUGUACCCGGUGAAGAGGCGUUCGCGGGCUACUACAACAACCCUUCUGCAACAAAGAAGAAGUUCGAGAGAAAUGUGUUCAAGAAAGGAGAUCUAUAUUACAGAUCAGGGGAUGCAUUGAGACGAGAUGAAGAUGGAAGGUGGUUCUUCCUAGACAGGUUGGGCGACACAUAUCGCUGGAAGUCUGAGAACGUAUCAACCGCAGAAGUCGCUGAGGUAUUGGGCAAGUACCCAGGAAUCGGCGAGGCCAUUGUCUACGGCACACUCGUACCCAAGCACGACGGUCGCGCUGGCUGUGUUGCACUGCGACUUGCCGAUGGCCAUGACCCCAAGACGUUCGAUUGGAAAGCACUCCUUGAUUACAGCAGGAGUAAGCUGCCAAGAUACGCGGUGCCAGUAUUCCUGCGACUGAUCCUUGUUGGCUCCAACACAGACAACCAGAAGCAAAACAAGGGUCCGCUGCGGUUGGAAGGCAUUGAGCUUGAUAAGUACGGUGAAAAGGUGCCCAACGGCCAGGCAGAUGUGGUAUUGUGGGCUAAACCAGGUGCAAGUUCAUAUGUAAAGUUCACGCCAGAUGAUCUGCAAGCUUUAAGGGAUGGGCAGAUCAGCAUAUAGAGUGAAGAAUGAAUUGACUGUCAUGCAGAGCCUACAAACAAUCGAUG